CGGCAGGGGGCCGUGGGGGGCCGCGGGGCCGGGGGCGCGCUGGGCCGCACCUUGCCGCGCCGCGCUGCGCGGGCUGCGCCCCCUGAACUCCCCCGCAGCUUCCCGCCGCCCCUCGGUGCCUGAGUCUCGGCUCGCUUGUGUCCAGCAGCGCGCACACACGCACACGCACACACGCACGGAGGCACUCACUCACUGACUCGCAGCACUCUGCCGAGCUGCCCAGGCUGCCGAGCAGCGCAGCGCCGCGCAGCCCGCCAGUAGCCCACUCCCUUCUUCCCUCCCUCCUUCCCCUCCCUCCCUCCCUCUCUCUCCUCCUCCUCCCUCGCUCCCGCCCGCCCGCCGCUCUGAAGGAUGCCCGGCUCAGCAAGUUGAACACCAUUUCAGCAGAGAUGUCUGAUCUUUCCAUCUGCAUACCUGGAGUUGCUUUAUCCCUUCACUGGUCUUUUCAGUAACCACUAAAGUCUUCCUGAGACUGAACGUUGGAACGGAUGAGUUAAAUUCUUCCUGAAUGUUCUUCAUCAAAACUAGAUGUAUUGGACUUUCUGGAUGUGCAUAAGGACACGAAGACUGAAGAAGUCCUGAAGAUUGAUGGAGGGCCAUGCUAUUCAAACAGCAGGCGUUGCUGAGACAGAAGCUCUUUGUGCUAGGCAGCCUUGCUAUUGGAAGUCUCCUAUAUCUAGUUGCCAGAGUUGGGAGCUUGGAUAGAUUGCAGCCCCUCUGCCCCAUCGACGGUCGAUUUGGACCCCGCAGCCAGGACGAAAUCCCGCUGCGAGCUCUGCAGUUCAAGCGAGGGCUGCUCCACGAGUUCCGAAAGGGCAAUGCCACCAAGGAACAAAUUCGACUGCACAAUCUGGUUCAGCAGCUUCCCAAGGCCAUUAUCAUUGGGGUGCGGAAAGGAGGCACCCGAGCGCUGCUGGAGAUGCUGAACCUUCACCCCGCAGUGGUCAAAGCUUCUCAAGAGAUUCACUUCUUUGACAAUGAUGAGAACUAUGCCAAGGGGAUUGAGUGGUACCGGAAAAAAAUGCCUUUUUCUUACCCUCAUCAAAUAACAAUUGAGAAAAGCCCCGCGUAUUUUAUCACCGAGGAAGUACCUGAAAGGAUUUACAAAAUGAAUUCAUCUAUCAAAUUAUUGAUCAUUGUCAGGGAACCUACCACACGAGCUAUUUCGGAUUACACUCAGGUGCUGGAAGGUAAGGAAAGAAAGAAUAAAACUUACUACAAAUUUGAGAAGCUGGCUAUUGAUCCUAACACCUGCGAAGUGAACACUAAGUAUAAGGCGGUGAGAACCAGCAUCUACACAAAACAUCUGGAGAGAUGGUUAAAAUACUUCCCAAUCGAGCAGUUUCAUAUCGUGGACGGAGACCGGCUCAUCACAGAACCACUGCCAGAACUCCAGCUGGUCGAGAAGUUCCUAAAUCUUCCUCCAAGGAUAAGUCAGUACAAUUUAUACUUCAAUGCCACCAGAGGGUUUUACUGCUUGCGAUUUAACAUUGUCUUUAACAAGUGCCUGGCGGGUAGCAAGGGACGCAUCCAUCCAGAGGUGGAUACCUCUGUCAUUACCAAAUUGCGCAAGUUCUUUCAUCCUUUUAAUCAAAAAUUUUACCAGAUCACUGGGAGGACAUUUAACUGGCCCUAAAUUAAACUUCAUACAACACUUUCUGUUGCACCUGAGACAUGCAAUAAAUGUCUCUGCUAAAAUAUGCACUUUUCAUAGACACGGCUAUAAAAGUAACUUUUUUCAUGCAUACGUGUACAUAUGCAGUGUGUGACCAAAUAUACGGUGGGAUCAAUUUUUUCUACAGAGUAGUAACUAACAUAAAUUUACUGUCAGCAUAGUUGCAUCUCUUAAGAUAUAAUAAUAAAGGGAAAGGAGGUAUUUAGGGAGAUAAAGUCAGACACCGUUAAAAGGGUCAGUGUUCCUCUCGCUUAGUGAAGUGUUUAUGUGACAUACUUACUGAUCUAAGAAGAACAUUAGUUUAUGCCAUAAAAAUCCAUGUCAAAAGUCUGUGAAGCUGUGAGAAAGCAUAAUCUUCAGGCUAUAUUUGGUAUGUAUAUUGCUAAAGGAAUACUGACACUUUAAACCCAGUGCUGAAUUUUUACAAUGAGAGUGGAUAGUACUAUUUUCUUAUUAUUUGAAAUUAAUAUCUUAUCUCAUACCAACUACAUUGUUUCAGAGUUCCUGUGGUGAGUUUGCACUAUUGUUUUAUUGUAUGGACCAUAGUGUCACUUGUAGCAUGUCAACCAUAUGUCAAAAAAAGGUCAAAUAAUUUUUCCUUCUAUGCUUGUGUGUUGACAAAGCUGAACAUCGUGUACAUAGUGUACAAUGUUUGUAAAUACUGGUUUCACACUAAGUAAUUCUAUUUUGUAAACUGAA